GCCGUAGUUGUUUGGAAAACGUGGGUGAAAUGUCAGAGUUACUGCACGUUUAGCCAACUCAGAAACGUUCAGACACAACUCCAAUAAAGUACACAAACCCACUUAUACACUACGCGGAAGACUACGAGGGCCAUGGCAGGUCUCCCUCCAUCAGUGGCGCGGGAGGCGGUGCUUAAGGAGAGCACGGCGCUGCCAGCGGACAUGUUGCGUAUCCGUGGUUACGACUUCAACCAGGGCCUGGACCACCGGGCGUUGCUGCAGUCAUUUCUGACCACCGGCUUCCAGGCCAGCAGCUUCGGCCUGGCCGUGCAGGAGAUCAACAAGAUGAUAGAGAAGCGUCUGGAGCCUGUAGAGGAGGAAGAAGGGGGGGCGGAGGAGGAGGAGGAGGAGGGCACUCCUGCCCCCAGGGGUCGAUCGGGCUGUACCAUCUUCCUGGGGUACACGUCCAACCUCAUCAGCUCUGGAGUCAGGGAGACCAUCCGCUACCUGGCCCAGCACAAAAUGGUGGAUGUGAUUGUGACGACAGCAGGUGGGGUGGAGGAGGACUUGAUUAAGUGUCUGGCCGCCACCUACCUGGGGGACUUCAGCCUACCAGGCAAAGAGCUGCGACAGAGAGGCAUCAACAGGAUAGGGAAUCUGCUGGUGCCCAAUGAUAACUACUGUAAGUUUGAGGACUGGCUGAUGCCCAUACUGGACCAGAUGGUGCACGAGCAGAAGACUGAGGGCAUCCACUGGACUCCAUCUAAGAUUAUCCACAGACUCGGAAAAGAGAUCAACAACCCAGAGUCCGUCUACUACUGGGCUUACAAGAACGACAUCCCAGUGUUCAGUCCAGCCCUGACGGACGGCUCUCUUGGGGACAUGAUCUACUUCCACUCCUACAAGAACCCGGGUCUGGUUAUCGACAUAGUGGAAGACAUCCGCAGGUUGAACAGUAAAGCGGUCUUUGCCAAGCGUACUGGAAUGAUCAUCCUGGGAGGUGGACUGGUCAAACAUCACAUCGCCAACGCCAACUUGAUGAGGAACGGUGCAGACUAUUCUGUGUAUGUGAACACUGGUCAGGAGUUUGACGGUUCGGAUUCUGGAGCUCGUCCUGAUGAAGCGGUCUCCUGGGGCAAGAUCCGCAUGGACGCCAAACCCGUCAAGGUGUAUGCUGAUGCCACUCUGAUUUUCCCUCUGUUGGUUGCGGAGACGUUUGCUCACCAUGCAGACAAGCUGAUCGCCGAGAAGAAAGAAUAGCACACACCCUGCUCUUCUCUGUUUAUGUGUGUAUGCAUGUGUGUGUGUGUGUGGGGGGGGGGUGAGGAAGAGAGAGAGUAUGUGUGUGUUGCAUAAAGUCUCUAAUCAUGCCUCGUAAGGGAGGUAUUGUUUUUUUUGUUUUUAAGAAGUCACCAAAGACAUGGUGUAAAUGCACUUUGUGAAUGUGUGUGUGUGAUACAACAUACAUGAAUUUAAACUUGUGUGUGAGUGAGUGAGUGAGUGAGUGAGUGAGUGAGUGUGUGUGUGUGUGUGUGUGUGUUUAAAGAGUGAUACAGUUCUGACAUGGUUGUAUUGUGGCUGUUUUCAAGUUGGACUGUUACAGGGAAUGCAGGCCUGCAAAAGGACAGGCCGACAUAAAACCUGCUUUAGAACCCCCAAACCAGCCCUGACCCUCCCUCAGAACCCCAAACCCAGACGGAUACAGAACAUCCUCUAGAACCCCCACCCCCACACCAGCCCUGACCCUCCCUUAGAACCCCCAAACCAGCCCUGACCCUCCCUUAGAACCCCCAAACCAGCCCUGACCGUCCCGCAGAACCCCAAACCCAGACGCCUUCGGACUUUCAGACUGGGCACAGGGUCCACAGCAACAGCAGCCGCAGCUUGAGAAUGUUUAUGACUGUCAAUCAUCCCAUCUGUAGUGCUCAUGCCAAUAAAAUGUCCUCCUCAAACACA